AUGGCUUUGCGCGUUCUGUGGGUAGCUGUCUUGGUGAAUGUGGCGGCGGAGGAGCAGUGUGAAUCCCAACCGGCUCGAGGGGCCUGCUUGUUACAAGAACAGCGCAAACGCACUCGAUCCCUGUCCCAGUCCCGAUUACUCGUUGCGACGAAGAAAGGUGUUGGACUUCCUUCGUCCACGGGCUAUGGAGCUACACAGCUACAUGCGUUGAAUGUUUCGUGGUUUUACUCUUGGGGAUUAAAACCCAAGAUCGAUGUGCCUGAUGAUGUGGAGUUUGUGCCGAUCAUGCAAAAUGCCAAGUACCUUCAAUGGAACCCUGCCUCUGGCAGCCAUGAGCUGCUGGGCUUUAAUGAGCCAGAUCAUGAGGACCAGGCCAAUAUGAGCGUGGCUGAAGCACUGAGCUUGUGGCCUGAAGUCGAAGCCAAAGUCCCCAGCAAUGGACGACUGGGUUCGCCCGCCACCGCGGGCAACCCGGUCACGGGCUCAUGGUUCCCCGAGUUUAUGGCCGCAGAGCCUCAUGUGGAUUUCGUGUGUGUGCACUGGUACAAGGGAGCCAAGCCGGAGAAGUUUAAAAGUGACAUGCAGGAGAUCAUUGAUACCUACCAGAAGCCUAUUUGGAUCACUGAGUUUGCUCCUCAAACGAUUGCAGAAGGCGGCUCUAAUCCAAGUAAAUGGAGCCAGGAAGAGGUCAACAACUUCAUCAACGAAGUGAUCCCUUGGAUGGAGAGUCACGAGAUGGUGGAACGCUACGCCUGGCACGACUCCAAGUUCGGUACCUCGUGGCUUUACGACAGUCAAGGAGCGUUGAGUGAGACCGGGCUCGUCUACGCUGCAGCAGGAGUGAGUGCCGCGUUUUGA